AUGCACACCUUUGUCACUGAAGUUGCCUAUAAAAUGCAGCUCCUCCAAAUUCAAAACCUUGUCCCGAGCCCGUGGCCGCUAAUAGUCGCUGUCCUGCUUCAGAACCGGCCAUCCAUGGACUUUGAUGCCCUGUUGGAAAAAACCUUAUGGCUGAAAAGCUUAACCCAGGCCUUCGGGGGGUUUCUUACUUGGCCUGAUAAUGAACCUGCUGAGGAAGUUAUCCAGUCGAGCAUUCUUCUGCAUUCCAACAUCGCCAGCCUUGUCAAAGAUUGGGUGAUUCUGAAAAUGGAGUGCAGAGACUCGGAACUGGUGGAUGGACUCAUGUCCCAGCAUAUCACCCUCCUCGUGUGCUUGGCAUACAGGAACCAGAUGCUCAACAUUUUUGUCUGUCCUUCCUUAGUCGCUGUGGCAUUGCAGAUGACACCUGGGUUCAAAGAGGAUCUCUACAGUUGCUUUCGCUUCCUAUGCAGUAUUUUUUCAGAUGAGUUCAUCUGUCUUCCAGGAAAUGAACUAAAGGACGUUGAAGAAGGCUGUUACUUGCUUUGUAAGAGUGAGGCCAUACAAGUGAUGACAAGGGACAUCCUAGUUACAGGAAAAGGAAAUACUGUGUUAGAGUUUUUAAUAGGGUUCUUUAAACCUUUGGUGAAAUCUCAUCAGAUAAUUUGCAAAUACCUCUUGAAUGAAGAAGACUACUUCACUGAGAAACAGUAUUUCAUAAGAGUUAGAAAAUUCACAAGUCAGCUUCUUGAUCAAGGUGUCUCACAGUGUUAUGAUGUAUUAUCCUCCAAUGUAUAUAAGAAUGCCUUAGGAGCUUUUGUGAGGCUCGGUGUGGUGGAGAAGAAGAAGGUAAAUAAUGAUUAUAUAUUUAACGUGACUGAACCUGCCACAACAAAGUUAGAAGAAAUGCUUGGUUGUAAAACACCAGUAGGAAAACCAGCAACUUCGAAGCUUUAA